GCAGUGAUCACGUCAUCUAAAAAGCGCCUAAAUAUUGCAUAUACAACCUUUGCUUAACGGAGCUUAGUUUGUUAAAAAAAAAAUUCCGACUAGUGUCUAGUCGUUAUGCAGAGAGCUACAAACUGCGUUUUAGGACGUGUUUUUUAUACGUUAAACGUAGGAAAUGUUCCUGCUGUCAUUAACCGAGUAAACAUCCCCCUGGUAUGCAGAAAGUACAAUACACUUCCUCCUCCCCGGAACAAGGAGGAGAAAGCCAUGCUGGACAGCAUGCUACGGGUGGACCAUGCCGGUGAAUACGGGGCCAAUCGCAUCUAUGCUGGACAGAUGGCUGUUUUGGGUAGAACCCAGACAGGUCCGGUUAUCCAGCACAUGUGGGACCAAGAAAAGAUGCAUUUGCAGAAGUUUAAUGAGAUCUUGGGGGAGAACCGGGUGCGACCAACACUCAUGCUGCCUUUGUGGAACGUUGCAGGAUUUUUACUUGGAGCCUCUACAGCACUUCUGGGGAAAGAGGGUGCGAUGGCCUGCACUGUGGCGGUGGAGGAGAGCAUCUCUGAACAUUACAACAACCAAAUCCGAACAUUAAUGGAGGCAGAUCCUGAGAGAUAUGAGGCAUUAUUACAGCUCAUUAAAGAGUUCCGUGACGAUGAGCUAGAGCACCACGACACUGGGCUGGAACACGACGCUGAAUCGGAUUCAGCAUUUGGAUGACAUCACCCUUCUGCACACAUUAAGCUGAACUACUCACGAGCCGCUCUCCGUAUAUAAAUAAACAUCAUGCAUACCUUCAUAAAUCAAGACACCCCCCUUAAGCUCCUACUGAAAAACAACAGAUGAGCUGGACAAGAGCAAUUAAGGUGGCCUUGUUACUGGUAAUGAUUUAGAAUGCGUAUCAGCUCACUGACGGCUUUCCAGCUCUUCUGAGGUGCUACAUUCCUUCACUAUGUGUGUCUUUUUUUCAUAUUUUAAACGUGAACAGCUGCCUCUGUGUACUGCUGUAAGUUCAUCUCUUGGUUCAGGCUGCUAGACACAGCACUGCUGAAUUCUCAAUUCCGAUUGGUCAGAGUUGAUUACAUUUCUAUAACACUAGCUCCGACAGCUGCAAAUCACAGGUUUAUAUUAAUGCGCCUGUUUUGAUAUGUUACGGUUGCUACAAUAACAACUCAUCCACUGGGACUUGUAUGGCAGACGCUGCACAUACUCCAAGACUAAUAAUGACCAGAUUGUUUUUUUU